CUGGUUCAGGUUGGUUGUGUUAGGAAGUUCACGAAAAUGGCUGGUAAGGCUGCAUCUUCUGUUCGACAAGUGAAACCCAUUUUGUCUGUUAACAAGGAAGAUGCACGUCGAAAAGUGCUCAUGCUAUAUAAAGCAUGGAUUCGUGAAGUACCGCAAAUGUUAUUAUAUUAUGAUAUUCCCAAAAAUGAAGCAGAUUGUAAAAAGAAAGUACGUGAAGAAUUUAAACGUCAUGCUCAUCUAACUGAUCUAAGGAUUAUAGACCGAGUUAUUAUAAGAGGUCAAAUGGAGUUACAGGAAGUAGGAAAUAUAUGGAAACCUAAAGGACAGCUUAUGACUUAUUGGCAGGAAACAGUGGAAAAGAAGCCAACUGAUUUCUUGUCAAAAUUUUUUAAGGGUCAUGACUGACUUAUUCAGUUUUUGUUAGUUUUUGAAAGUUA